AGAUCCUCCUCUAAACUCUAAAGGUAAGGGUGUGUGUGUUGAUUCUGAAAGUACAGACUUGUUCUCUCUUCUCUAAUCGCUCAGCACCUGUAGUGGACUCGUUCAGCCGUUUAAAUCGAAGAAAACAACACCGUGUUCUACACCGAGUGCUGGACUGAAACCGAGCUCACGGUGCGGAAAUGGCCCGGCCGCGGCUUUCAGCGCCAAUUCUCUGCCUUUUCGCUUCCGUUAUUGGGUGUGUGUUUGAAGCUGGAGCCAAAGCAGAGCAAUCUAUAUCCCUCAAAAGGCACAGAAGAGAAUGGAUCGUCCCUCCACAAAUUUUGGAGGAGAAUGUUGACUACACUAAACAGGACUUUAUUGCUAGAAUUCGUUCAGACAAGGAAGACCUAAGUAAAGGUCCAAUAAGAUAUUCCUUGAGGGGCAUUGGUGCAGACCAGCCACCUUAUCACUUAUUCGUUGUGGAGCCUAAUACUGGCAAUGUUCGAAUAACUGGAAUCCUGGACCGUGAGAAAAUUUCCCAGUACAAUCUCUCAGGAGUUGCUACAUACCCAGAUGGCUCGGUGGCAGAGAAUGAUAUCCAGCUGAGGAUAAAGGUGAAAGAUCAGAAUGACAAUGCACCAGUUUUCUCGCCCAGCAGCCCAGGAAGUGUGAAUGAGCUCAGCCCUGUAGGUACAACUGUGAUGAAACUAGUAGCAACUGAUGCUGAUGAACCUGGGAAUCCCAACUCUCAAAUCUCGUAUAAAAUCAUUGAUCAGAAGCCUCCAGGCGACAUGUUUAGUAUCAACCAGAAUGGAGAAGUGAUUGUUGUAAAUGAAAACUUGGACAGAGAGUCAGUUGACCAGUAUGUACUUACUGUCAAAGCUUCAGACCUUAAUGGGGCUGAGGGCUGCCACUCAGGGACCUCAACGUGUACUAUCAGGAUAAUGGAUGUCAAUGAUAAUGUUCCAGUACUUGAGCGGGACACUUAUGAAGCCAGUGUUGAGGAGAACACAGAGAACGUAGAGGUGAUGAGAUUUAAGGCCUCUGAUAUGGACAUGCAGAACACUGAUAACUGGCAGGCUGAGUACAACAUUGUGUCAGGCAAUGGGGGUGGGCAUUUCAAGAUCGAGACCGAUCCAAAGACCAACGAGGGAGUCCUGAUGCUUGUCAAGUCUGUAGAUUAUGAAGAAGUAAAAGACAUGAAUCUGGGCAUCACUGUGAACAAUAAGGCUCCCUACUAUACAGGAGGAGGAGGAGGAGGAGGUGGUGGAGGAGGAGGUGGAGGUGGUGGUGGUGGAGGAGGAGGAGGAGGAGGAGGAAGCGGAAUGGCAACAGGAAUGGGAGCUACAGGAAUGACAGGCGGUGGGUCAGGAGGAUCUUCUAGCAAAAUCUACAAUAUGCAUGUUAAUGUAAAGAACCAGCCUGAAGGCCCAAGCUUCAUCCCCAAAGUGAAGGCAAUUCCGAUUUCUGAAAACGAGAAUGUUGAUAUAACAAAAGUUCUCACGACAUACACUGCUACCGAUUCGGACACAGGAAAGCCAGCCAAGGGAGUCAAAUAUGUUAAAGGCUCUGACAGAGACAACUGGCUAUCCAUUGAUGAGACAACUGGUGAAAUCAAAUUAAACAAAAAACCAGAUCGAGAGUCUCCAUACCUGGUCAAUGGGACUUACAUGGCAGAAAUCCUUUGCAUCAGUCAAGACAUGCCCGGUAAGACGGCCACGGGUACUGUCGCCAUCCAGGUGGAGGACUUUAAUGACCACUGCCCUGUUCUGACCAAUCACACACAGACGAUGUGCACCUUUCAGGAAGUAUUAUAUGUCACUGCAGAGGACAAAGAUGAUUUUCCAAAUGCGGGUCCUUUCACAUUCAUCGUCAUCCCUGAAGAGACAGAUGGAAAAUGGAGUGUGGAGCAUUUAAACGAUACAACAGCCAUGUUGAAGCCACUGGAGGACCCGUGGCCAGGUCCUCAAAAGGUGACUAUGGAAAUUCGUGACCAGCAGGGGGAGUCAUGUCCAGAGAAGCAGGUGCUAAAGCUGGAUGUAUGUAGCGCUAAUCGGGGUCAAUCGAAGAGCUCAGUACUUGGCGGUGCCGGAAUUGGUUUGCUUCUACUAGGAUUCCUCACGCUAUUACUUAUACCACUUCUACUGCUUAUGUGUAAAUGCGGAGGUAGUCCCCUGAGCGGAGACUUCACAGAGAUGCCUUUUGACACUAAAGAGCAUCUGAUUUCCUACCAUACAGAAGGGCAGGGAGAAGACAGGGAUGUGAACAUGAUCAUGAGUGAUAUCGAUGCUGCUGGAAUAAACUCGACCAUUAACAUUCCCUCAAAAGGUAGUAUUUUGGGGACCAUCGGAGGAGCUUUUGGAGCUGGAGGGCUUGCUGAUACGGGAUACGGGAUAAACACCAUAAGUGGAAGUCGCAGGUAUAAUAGAGGGGAAUACAUAGAUGGAAUGGGCAUUGGAACCCAUGGCAGCAGUGGGAUUAUGAUGGAUCAGUUUUCCACGUAUGACAGCGGAAUGGCCCUCAGCGAAGUGUUCUUGAAUGAUUACUACACAAAUAAAAGUCAGGAGAUAUAUGCCACAACUGAAGACCAUCCGAAUUCAUUCGGGUUUGAAGGUCGGGGCUCACCUGCGGGUUCUGUAGGCUGCUGCAGUGACUUGGCAGGUGACAAUGAUCUGGAGUUCCUUAACAACUUGGGUCCAAAGUUCACUACUCUAGCUGAGAUAUGCGGAGGCACAAUAUCGACAACGGCUGCUCCCACCCCUCCUCCUCCAAAACCCAUCAUAGAUCACUCUGAAACAAUUUCCACGCACACCAACAUUGGCAACACUGUCAACAUUGCAGCCAAAGUCGAAGCACCUUCUUCCAUGCGUUCAGAGGAGAACAUGGUAGUUACAAACACCCAUGUAGUGUCUGACAUGAAUCCAGUCCAGACUCUAAUCAAUGUUCCCACCCAGACCUUGAUGAUGCAGCAGCAACCAAUGUACUACAUGAUGGAACCUCAAAUGUCUAACACUGUGCUGUUAGCUGAAAGGCCUGCCAUGGGACUAACCCAGGGGAUGUAUGUUCUGAACAGCGCUCCAGUGACCGAUAGAGUCCUGGUGCAGGGUGGUGUGGCAGCACAAGGCACAAUUGGUGGUGGUGAGAGAGUGGUUUUGUUGGAAACCCAUGGAGGAUCCACUACAGCGCUGAACACAGGCAUGCUCCAGUCAGCUCAUUUGUCUGGAUCGCAGCUGUUGAUGGUUGAUGCAGGUGCUCAAGGUGCAGGUGGCCAAGUUCUUCAAGGAACACUGCAGAGAGGGGGCAUCUCUGGCUCUCAAGGUGUACUGUUGAUGGAAGGGCAAGGAGGGACCACAUUCCCUGGAUCUCUCCAAAGAAGUAUUCCUGUCCCUGGAGGCUCUCAGAGUAUGCAGUAUGUAGUGGAGAGGCAGGGAGGGACUUCAGGUGGCUUCACUUCUGGAGGCUUCACUUCUGGAGGCUUCACUUCUGGAGGCUUCACUUCUGAAGGCUUCACUUCUGGAUCCAUGCAAGGAGGGGUAAUAAGUUCUUCCAGGACCAUGAAUGGGACUAUUGGAUUGAAUGCAAACACUAUGCCAGGACCUCAAGGCUCUAGAAAGGUUGUUGUCCAAGAGAAGAAGGUUGUGAAAACCAACAUGUAAUGAUGGAUACACAUUCUAACACUGAACACAACACCAGUAGUCUGAGGUAAAUGUCCUCAAUGCUCUUAAAAUACAAGCAUUAGAUACUCAAAAGUUCUUAUAUACAUCAAUAGUUCAUACACUGUACGCAUAUGUCUCGUCAUCCUUUUUUAUUAAUUCACUUGUGUAAUGGGUUGUUGUUGUUCUGUUUUAUUUCUUUGGUUAAAUUUUAUUUGUUUGGGUGGUUACUGUGUUUUUUUGGUAUUACAAAC